UAACGCUCACCACUCAUCAGCAACAACCGAAGCAUUAACGACUCCCUCACACUCGACUCCAAUGGCUGCCUCCACGAUGGCCCUCUCUUCCCCCUCCCUCGCCGGCAAAGCCAUCAAGCUCUCCCCAUCCUCCUCCGCCACCCUCUUCGUGGGCCGAGUCACCAUGCGGACCGGCAGGACCACGGGCAGGCCCCGCCCCUCAUCUGGCAACCCGUGGUACGGUCCAGACCGCGUCAAAUACCUCGGCCCAUUCUCCGGCGAGCCACCCUCCUACCUCACAGGCGAGUUUCCCGGCGACUACGGCUGGGACACCGCCGGACUUUCGGCCGACCCCGAGACCUUCGCCAAAAACCGUGAGCUGGAAGUAAUCCACUCACGUUGGGCCAUGCUCGGCGCAUUGGGCUGCGUAUUCCCAGAAUUCCUGGCACGCAACGGCGUCAAGUUCGGCGAGGCGGUUUGGUUCAAGGCUGGUGCACAAAUCUUCAGCGACGGCGGGUUGGACUAUUUGGGCAACCCGAGCUUGAUCCACGCCCAAAGCAUCCUCGCCAUUUGGGCCGUCCAAGUGAUUCUAAUGGGCGCCGUCGAGGGCUACCGCAUCGCCGGCGGACCACUUGGCGAAAUCUCCGACCCGCUCUACCCGGGCCGCAGCUUCGACCCGUUGGGCUUGGCCGAUGACCCGGAGGCAUUCGCGGAGCUCAAGGUGAAGGAGCUUAAGAAUGGAAGGCUGGCCAUGUUCUCCAUGUUCGGGUUCUUCGUGCAGGCCAUCGUUACCGGCAAAGGCCCGUUGGAGAACCUCGCCGAUCAUAUUGCUGACCCGAUCAACAACAACGCAUGGGCCUAUGCGACUAACUUUGUUCCUGGGAAGUGAAGAACUUGAUGGUGUCUGAAUUUCGAAUAAAUAAUUGUAUUGGAGGUCAUGGAUGUAAAUUAGGAAUGUGCAUUAUGGUAAAUUUAUUUCUUGUUGUUUUAAUUGCGAAGGAAAGCUUACCUUUUAGGAGAACCUUUGUGCUGUACUGUAGAGCUAUGGGUAAUUUUGUAAGGCUCCUUAAUUACUUAAAACUCAGAUCUUUUAUUAAAUA